GUUCACUGACUCCUGACAACAGGUGGAAUUUUUGUGAUGUACUUUAAUGUAAAUGUAGGCUUCUGAGUUGGCCCCCUCUCAUUGGUGCUGCCCGCUGUAAAUUGGCAGUUCAUUGGCUGGCUGAAAAGGGGAUUGAUUGGCUUGAGUGGCUGUGACGCUGUAGCUAAAUCCUUUAUAUGCCUGGCAAGGAGAUUGUCUAUCAAUGAAGUAGUAAAAGAGGGAACAUCUGUGGCGGAGGAGGACAAGGUUAUAGAAGUAGCCGUUGAUAGACUGUUUGCUUUGGCUGGGUUCUCUUCUUUUAUUUACUGAAUUCCAAAGGUGACCAACACAGAAUAAGCAGAAAUGAAGUUCAUCAUUGGCAUUGGAGGAGUGACCAACGGUGGGAAGACAACUUUGACAGACCGACUAGUGCGCACAUUACCAAACUGUUGUGUUGUGCAUCAGGAUGACUUUUACAAGAAACCCGAUCAAAUAGAAGUCGGGGAGGACGGCUUUAGACAGUGGGAUGUGAUCACAGCUCUGGACAUGGAGGCUAUGGUCAGCACUGUGAAAGGCUGGCAGGAAAACCCAGUCAAGUUUGCCCGCUCACAUGGGGUCAGCCUGUCACCUGAAGCUGAGGACUCCGGCUCAGAGCAGAAGGGGGUUCAUAUUCUCAUCGUGGAGGGGUUCCUCAUCUACAACUACAAGCCUCUUAUUGACAUCUAUGACAAAUGUGUCUACCUUUCCAUUCCUUAUGAGGAGUGCAAAAGAAGGAGAAGUACAAGGACAUACACAGUCCCUGACCCCCCUGGCCUGUUCGACGGCCAUGUCUGGCCCAUGUACUUGAAACACAGGAAAGAGAUGGAGAACAACUGCAACAGCAUAGAAUACCUUGACGGGACAACACCAAGGGAUGAUAUCUACAACAAAGUGUAUGAAAGCAUCCAGAACACCCUGCUGCCAAAAGAGCAUUAUUGUUUCAUUCAGUACUUUAACCUCUCCCUUUUUUCUGUCUCUCAACAGCAGGACGGGGACAACAUCGGAUUUGUGUAUAGACUUGUAAAUAUCAUUUUGAGCAAAUGUGUAACACCAGUUCUGAACUUCUAG